AGAACACGCAGCACUCAGGCUGGAUAAGAAACCAGGAGCAAAGUGCCUGCUGGACCACUUCUCUCCCAACUCAUCUCCAUUUCUCUCUCUCUCCUUCAUUCUAUUUCACUCUCUCCAAUCUUUCUCUCCCUCCUUGACCUUUAACCUUAUGGACUCGGGCCUGGCCUAAAGCUGUGAAGUCUGCAGGAUUGUCAGCAAGAUGCAGGUGCAGUUGACAUUCGUGGUGCUCCUCUGUUUGAUCUGCAAUGGACUGAGCUCAGAUCUUGAUGAGGGGAAGGAUGCAAUGGAAGAGGAGAUGCUGAGCAGCCUCUUCAACUCAGAGCAGAGUAGACACAGCGCCCCCAUGUGGCCGCUGCCCCUGCUGAACAUGUGCAGGAUGCUGGGGAGCAUCAGCGACCUGGACCAGGACUGGAACACUGAAGGGAUUCAAACAGCCUAUGAGCAAAGACUGACCACUGCCCUUAGCCAGACACUGCAGGACCUGUACAACCUCCAAACUCUCUGCAGAGUACUGCACCCCAGAGAGCUCCACUUUGACGAAGAAUACUUCGAACUGGAUCAGAACAGUGAGAACCCACUGAAAAGAAAAUCUCCAUACAUUCUAAAGAGGCAGCUCCACACCAACAAAGCAAGAAGGCCGUAUAUUCUGAAACGAAGCUCAUUUUACUGAUCCCUGUAUCCACCACCAAAAAGACGGUUUACAUUCUGUGAAUAUGUGGCAAAUUUCACAGUAGAUCUAGAUCUGAACAGUAAUAGGUCGUUUCUGUUUUCUCUUGGUUUGCUUUAGCACUUUGUCCCUCCACAUAUCUGUCCCAUGUUAUCUUUUGCCAAGGGACAGUCUAUGUAAAUAAAAUCAGCAAGCAAAUACUGUA